AUGACCACCCUCAGCCUUAUCCCGCAAUCGCCGCAGCGCGCCUGUCUCCAGAUCCUGCUCUGCGCGCUGCUCUUCCGCGCCCGUCCCGACCUGCUGCCUCGCUGGCCGCACGUGGCGCUCACCAUGCUCGUCGUCGCCGUCGUGGCGACCAUCCGCAGCGCCACCCCCAUCAUCCUCCGCACAUCACACAACCUCAGGGCCAAACUUUGGCACUGCACGCAGCACACCGCCAAAGCACGACGAAGAGCGACCGACGGGCUGCUGUUUUGCCUUGCGGCCAUGGUGCUUCGUCUUCGUCGCGUACCGGCGCUCGCCCGGCGGUGGGUCGCGCUGGCGGGGUGGGCGGGCGGGGCCGCGGCCGGCGUUGGCUGGCGUUGGGGGGCGGACCUGCGCGCGGCGUGUGCUUGGCUGUGGCCGAGAGCGUGGUGGGCGGCCAAGGUAGCAUGGACAUGCAUCAUCUGGUGCAUACGUUUAUUGGCGGCCGAAGCGCCGCACGCCCGCCACGCACUGUGCACCAAUUGGCCGCGGCGGCGCGUGGUCAACCUCCGCGGGGAGCUUGCGAGGGGCAUGGCGAUGGGCGCGGCCGUGGUACGGAGUAGCGCGCGGCAGCUGAUCUGGGUGUGCCUGUUUACGCUUCACUUUCUCUCCUUCACGCUGGGUCUCACCGUCAUGUUGCCGUUGCUGUGCGCGUACGGGCUCGUGGUAUCAUUUCUUCAUUUGCUACUUAGCCAGGGCACGACCACUCUCGCCAGCGAUGUCGUGUCCCUCCUGGGCCUGUAA